ACCAGGUGUGUGUGUGUGUGUGAGUGUGUGUGCGCACGUGUGUGUGUGCAUGUCGAGUACACUGCUUUGCUUCUUUUCUCUAUACAACUGAUCCCCCCCCCCCCCACACACACACACCUCCGUUUGGUGUUGUUUUAGGUGUGCUGAAGUCUCAGCUCCGAGAAGUUUCGUGGACAACUUGCAAUUGGUCGGUGACAAAUCAGCUGUUUAGCCACACACACACACACACACACACACACACACACACACACACACACACACACACACACACACACACACACACACACACACAUGCACACACACACACACACACACACACACACACACACACACACACACACACACACACACACAUACACACACACACACACACACACACACACACACACACACACACACACACACACACACACACACACACACACACACACACACACACACACACACACAUGCACACAGGAUUUGGCCCGAGGGUAGAGGGCAUGUGGGGGGAGUGGGGGGCAUGUCUUUGCCUUGGAGACGCGAACGGUGCCAUAAAAAUUCCACGAGGAGAGCCCAAACCGCGCCGCGGGUGCAGGCUCCGUCCUGGUGCGUGUUCUUACUGGUUGUUCUGCAGCAGCCGAAUGAAGCAGCUUUUAAUCUCAGACGUAUAUGUAUACAUUUUGUAAAGGUCAUGAUGUGUUGCUUGUGACCUGAAGUCCUGACCCAGUUUAUUUUCUGUUCUGUUUAAAAAGCAACUCCAGGAGUUUCAAACAGCCCAUAAAAAUAUUAAACUAACACUUUUCUCCGAUUCACGCGUGGCUCCGAACAGCCUUUAAAUUCUCAUAAAAAAGAAAUAACGCGCAGAGAUCGACGUCCAGCGCGCCACAGCAAAAGCAGGAAAACGAGCUGAUGCUCCGUUUUAAAGUCAGAAUGACAGAACGGCUGCUGUUAAAUGAGAGCAAAAUAACACCCAAACGGCCUGGAAGCCAUCGUCUGGAAGCGUGUGUUAACUUCUAACCUGCUUAUAAACUCUUUGUGUUGCUCAUAAAGCCUUUAUUAUUUAUUUAUCAGGCCUGGGACCCGCUCGCUGUUUCAUCACUUGAUGUUUCCUUUGUUGGCUUCAAUAUUCUCUUCCAAACAUUUAUUCAUUAGCGCUUUCUCCACAUCAAGUCGUUCCCUUUUUUAUGAUUAUGAAAGGAAAAGGCAGAGGAAGAGCGCCGCAGUCUUCUGAAUGGGCUUUUAUUCUAUUAGCUGUAGAGACUAUUUACACCCACCGCCCGCCGCAACGUGCACAGAGCAGAUUCUGAUCGAAUUAUUUCACUUUCAUCAUUGGAGAGAUUGCACUCUCAGCAUGUCACUUGUUGUAUUGUUUAGGAGUUGUUGUUUUUUUUUUGCCGCAAUGGUCGUUAACCUCUGCAUGACCCCGUGUGGAGCCUCAGAAAUCCGCUGCAGACAGUCAGUGCAACAGUUGCGCCAGAGGAUGGCGCAGCGCGACAGUUCAAAAACACCUCGGAGCUCUCUAGAACCGAGAGCGCAUGGGAGGCGCGCGCCCUCCCCCAGCCACACAACCCACCCAUGCAUUUCCUGCGUGCACGAGUUUACCUCUGGAGGUCACCAGGCAGGAUUUACGACUGGUCAACAAAAGCACGUGAUUCCGCCUCGUAUCCCAUAUUUGGGUGCCUACGUAAGAGAGAAUCAAGUCCAUGUCCCACUCAUUUCCAUAAUUCAUCAUAAAUUGUGCAAGGGUGCUAUAGGACGCGCUAAACCAAGAGCUACAAAUCAAGCGUGCAGGUUGAUGCGGUUUACUUUCUAAAAUAAGAAAACAACAACAAGAAGAGCUGCGCGAGGAGGAACUGUCAACAAAUGAGCUCCUAUUUUGUGAACUCAUUCUGCGGUCGCUACCCCAACGGCGCGGACUUCCAGUUACAUAAUUAUGGAGACCUUAGUUCUGGAAACGAGCAAUAUAGAGACUCAGCAGCCAUGCACUCCAGCAGGUACGGCUAUGGCUACAACGGGAUGGACCUGACAGUCGGGCGGACCGGAGGCGGACACUUUGUGGGCAGCGAGCGGACACCGGGCUACUCCCCGAGUCACUCAGCGGCUGCGGCUGCGGCGGUUCCCUCCGUGGAUUCUGUCAGGUACAACCAGCCCGCCAACAGCACCGCCAGUGCGUCCCUGUCGCCCCCACCCGAGCCUCUGCCGUGCUCCUCCGUAGCCACCAGCUCGUCCCCGACCGCCGAGACGCAGCCUCAACACAGAGCCGUGAAGAACUCCGUGCCCACGCCCUGCUCCAGCUCCAACGGCGGCACGCUGCUGCUCAGUCGGGAUUGUGUGUCUAAAGCGUCUCCCCUGGAGGAAGAGAAGCCCACGGGAAGCGCACCGACAACCCCACAGAGCGCAGGAGACUCGUCACAGCCUCAGAUCUACCCGUGGAUGAGAAAACUCCACAUAAGUCACGAUUUGUCCGGACCAGAAGGAAAGCGAGCCAGAACCGCCUAUACCCGGUACCAGACCCUGGAGCUGGAGAAGGAGUUCCACUUCAACCGGUACCUGACCCGCAGGCGGCGGAUCGAGAUCGCCCACGCCCUCUGCCUCUCAGAGAGACAGAUCAAAAUCUGGUUCCAGAACCGCAGGAUGAAGUGGAAGAAGGACAACAAGCUGAAAAGCAUGAGCAUGGCGGCCGCAGGCGGGGGAGCCUACAGGCCCUGAUCUCCACCCUCAUGACGCACGAUGAAAAAUAAAAAUAAAAUAACAAAAUAAAUCCGUAAAAACUGAGUUUAACGCUUCAUCUCCUCUUGGCUGAAGACAAAAAAAGAAGACUUGUUUACGGGGUGUGAGCAGAACCAACGCGGCCCCCACCUCCUGUAUAUCACCGUUAUUAUUUCCUUCAUAUAUUCUCACCGUGUUGAUGUUGAUGUGUUAAAAUGUACAGAUCUGUUUAGACUUAGAGCGAAAAAAGGGGCAAAAACAUGAAAAUAAAUGUUUGUUUAAAUUAUUUCUUGUUCAAACAAAAAGAAACGUGAAAGGAAACUUAAAAGAUCCGCAAAGUAAUCCAGUAAACUCCGUGUGACGCAAUCAGCCCCAUAACUAGAAGGUUUCUCUGUAUGUAAUGUACAUGUUUGUAUUUAUUUGUUUGAUGUUUUGUGCCAACAUGUCGGAAAAAUGGCUUCCAAAAAAGAAGAAAAGUAGAACCAGCAGAUAAGCAUUGUGUGUGUGUGUGUGUGUGUGUGUGUGUGUGUGUGUGUGUGUGUGUGUGUGUGUGUGUGUGUGUGUGUGUGUGUGUGUGUGUGUGUGUGUGUGUGUGUGUGUGUGUGUGUGUGUGUGUGUGUGUGUGAGUAUGGACACAGCUCUUGCCUCACCUGUGUGUAGCUGUCUGUUUCCUUUUGUUUGCUCACCUGCAGCAUCUCAGCAGAAAGAAGAAGUUUUUGUCGGUUUCACGUUUUUCUUGGCUGUUCUCCUGACGAGGCUCCAAGAUGUCAUCGUGAUGAUCUUUCUGUAAAUGUUUUUCGAAGACUGGAAGUCAACAGAAUAUAAUAAUAAUAAUAAUAUUAAUGAUGCUCAUGGUGAUGAUGGCCGUGAUAAUAAACUUUUUACUGGACUUUA